AUUCCGAAUAACCUCAUCUUUGAUUCCGAUUGUCAAUCUUUCUUUAUCAUUUUAAAUUCUGCUGUCACACACUUCUUUAAGUUCUUAACAAUCUUGCUUUUUCUUUUUAAGUUGUUGUUUCUUCUUUGGAGGUUGUUCAACAACCGCUUGUGGCACGUUUAGUGGAAAUGGUUGUCUUGAACCACUGAGAGCAUUUCCGAUGGAUCUUGAAACUGGGGUUUAUCAGAAUCAAGUAAAGAAAGAAUCUUGGAGGACGAUUCUCAUUCUUGCAUAUCAGAGUUUGGGAGUUGUGUAUGGGGAUUUGAGCACGUCUCCUUUGUAUGUUUACCAGAGCACUUUUGCUGAAGACAUUAAGCAUUCAAAUACAAAUGAGGAAAUCUAUGGGGUUUUGUCUCUUGUGUUUUGGACAUUGACUCUUGUGCCUCUGCUGAAAUAUGUGUUUAUUGUGUUGAGAGCUGAUGACAAUGGGGAAGGAGGCACAUUUGCCUUGUAUUCACUGCUUUGCAGGCAUGCUAAGGUGAAUUCACUGCCUAGCUUCCAGCAGGCUGAUGAGGAUUUGUCAGCUUACAAGAGGGAUGUUGUGGGCCCGACGCAGACAAGCUUCGGGGCCGGGUUGAAGGCCACUCUGGAGAGAUACAGAGUGUUGCAGAGGUUCUUGCUUGUGUUGGCUCUGCUUGGAGCUUGUAUGGUGAUUGGGGAUGGGAUAUUGAGUCCAGCCAUUUCUGUGUUUUCUGCUGUUUCUGGCCUUGAAAUUGCCAUGGAAAAAGAGCAUCACAAAUAUGUAGAAGUACCCGUUGCUUGUAUCAUACUGAUAGCCUUGUUUGCCCUUCAACAUUAUGGCACCCACAGGGUUGGAUUCUUAUUCGCACCUGUGGUCGUGACAUGGCUUCUGUGCAUAAGUGUUAUCGGGGUGUACAAUAUUUUCUAUUGGAACCCUCAUGUUUAUCAAGCUCUGUCGCCGUAUUAUAUUUAUAUAUUUCUAAAGAAAACUCAGAGAGAAGGUUGGAUGUCAUUGGGAGGAAUUCUGCUUUGCAUAACGGGUUCGGAAGCCAUGUUUGCUGAUCUCGGGCACUUCUCUCAGGUGUCGAUUAAGAUAGCAUUCACAUCUUUUGUAUAUCCGUCACUAGUCCUCGCGUACAUGGGGCAAGCUGCGUAUCUUUCUCAACACCAUGAUAUGCAGAAUCAUGUCGGGUUUUACGUCUCUGUACCCGAGAAACUAAGAUGGCCGGUUUUGGUGAUAGCAAUCCUCGCUGCAGUGGUUGGAAGCCAAGCGAUUAUCACCGGAACCUUUUCUAUCAUAAAGCAGUGCUCGGCCCUCGGCUGCUUUCCGAGGGUCAAGAUAGUCCACACCUCAUCAAAGUUCCAUGGACAGAUUUACAUCCCCGAGAUCAAUUGGAGUUUGAUGAUCCUAUGCCUGGCUGUUACUAUCGGUUUUAGAGACACGAGACGUCUUGGUAAUGCUUCAGGUCUAGCCGUUAUCACGGUGAUGCUGGUUACGACUUGCUUGAUGUCUCUUGUUAUCGUGUUAUGUUGGCGUCGGAGUGUCCUGUUGGCAAUUCUCUUCGUUGUAUUUUUUGGGACAAUCGAAGCCCUCUACUUUACAGCUUCUCUGGUGAAGUUUCUCGAAGGAGCCUGGGUACCGAUUGCUCUCUCGUUCUUCUUCAUGCUAACGAUGAGUAUCUGGCACUACGGGACACUCAAGACGUACGAGUUUGACGUCCAGAACAAGGUCUCCGUCGACUGGCUUCUCAAGCUCGGCCCGAGCCUAGGCAUUGUUCGUGUCCGUGGUAUCGGCCUCAUACACACGGAGCUGGUCUCCGGAAUCCCAGCGAUAUUCUCACAUUUCGUUACCAAUCUCCCGGCCUUCCACCAAGUUCUCGUGUUCCUUUGCGUCAAGUCUGUCUCCGUUCCCCACGUCAGACACGAGGAGCGGUUUCUUGUCGGGCAUAUUGGCCCUAGGGACCACCGGAUUUACCGAUGCGUCGUUCGUUACGGAUACCGCGAUGCCCAUAAAGAUGAUCUAGAGUUCGAGAACGAUCUCGUGUGCAGCAUAGCCGAGUUUAUAAGGACCGGGAAGGCCGCCCUAACGGACGAAGACACAGAUUCUGCAAAGCAUAGUGACGAAAUGGUCGUCGUCGGGUCACCCUCGACCCAUCAAGGGAUCCAGUUUUGCGAGGACGAAGGCGGCGGUGGGGAUGGUGAAACGGCGGGCACAUCAGAGCUCAGAGAAAUACAAUCCCCUUCGGUGAGGAAACGAGUCCGGUUUGUCAUCCCCGAGAGCCCGGCGAUCGAGAGACGCGCCCGGGACGAGCUACGGGACCUCGCGGAGGCUCGGGAAGGCGGGGUGGCCUACAUUCUAGGGCACUCGUAUGUAAGAGCAAAGCAUGGAUCAAGUUUGGUGAAGAAGAUGGUGAUAAAUCUAGGGUAUGAUUUUUUGAGAAGGAAUUGUAGGGCUCCAACUUAUGCAUUGAGUGUGCCUCAUGCUUCGACAUUAGAAGUAGGGAUGGUGUAUCAUAUCUAAUCUUGGUUGUAAAUAUUUUUUGUUUGUAUAAAUGUGUUUUUGUAAAUGGAAUAAGGAAUAUAUGCAAA